CGGUGCAUCCAAUAAUGGCAAUCAAAUUCCGUGAUCACAAUCCACAUCUCGACAUAUAUACCAUAAUAUCACGUACAAAAUGAGCAGAAUCGCAAAAAUAAACAGUGCAACCAGUAUUGCUUUGGUGACUGGGGAUAUUAAAGACUGCAUGAUACCGGCGAGCUGGAGAAAGCAGACACCCAAGAUGACUUCACACACGUGGAUUUUACUCCUUCUGGCAAGUCUUGUGGCAACAAGAGCGCAAGAUUUGAACCUCGCUGAUGCUUUUGAUGAUGAUGGCAAGCCCCCUGCGAAGCCAACGGUGAAACCAGCCCCACCGAAAAACCCAGAUUCAGGAUUUGAUCUUUCAGAUGUCUUUGAUUUGGACCCGAAAACACCUGCAGUGGUUCCCCCCAAAUCAGAAGAUGAUAAAAAGGAACCAUCUGGAGGUGACUUCGAUCUGUCUGAUGCAUUUGGUCCAGAUACUGAGCCCAAAAAACCUGUGGUCCCACCCAAAGAUAGAGGAACUGGUGGUGGAACUUUUGAUGACAAAGACCUUUUUGAUGUGAAGGAAGGGGGUGAAUACCAGCCCGAUGGAGGCCAAAGUGGAGGGCGAGGAGCAGACAUUCCUGAUAAUGAUCAAAAUGGUGGUGCCUCUGAACAACCUCAAGAUUUAAACCAGCAGUGGCUCCAGAUUAUCAAGAUGCUAGUCGAUAAUAUACCAGAAGGCCUCAGUGUUUGGGUUUCCCAGUUUAAUCAAGUAGUAGAGCCCCUGCUAGAGCAGUUAUGGGAACUUCUGAAUGUAACCGAGGAAAAGGCAGAGCUCUAAAUGUCCUGGAUAGUAACCUUCUUUGCUUGUAUCAGGUUUUUAAAAGGUUUUAAACAUUGUUUACAUGUUUUGAAUGUUGUACUUGGUUGUAAGGCUGGGACUUGUUUAUGGUCUUUUGAGGAUGAGAUGCAUGUUUGGUAAUGAUAAAGUGAAUAGUGAUCGUACUGAUUUAGAAAUUUGGUAGUGAGGCAUUAAUCUCAUUGUAUUACUGACUGGUUUUAGUUUCUUUGUGUGUUGGUAAAGAUUAUUAUAACUCAACACCUACUG